AUGGCGGAUGACAGCCUUCUCGACAAGGUCCACGCCCUGAGCGAUCUUGAGCUGGCCCUGCUCCUCUGUUUAAUUAGUCGCGAACACUGUCUCGUCAGCACACCGUCCGAUGCUAUCGACGACCUAAUACAGGAGCUGCAGCUCGUUGUUACAAAGACGUUUGGUCUCAGCUGGGUCAUAAUCGAUUGCACUCCUUCUACGACAUUGGAAGACUUCGCUUCAGCUCUUCUAUUGGGCAAUCAGGCGUCUCCCUCUAGCCACUCUCCGACAGUAUCGCGCAAUCCCGAUUCAUACUUUACUUCGAGGCCAUCGACAUCGCAUCCACGCACACCUUUAAGUCCCCUUACUCCAGGUGGUGCCUUUUCCUCUCGAAUAGCCAACAUUGUCCUGGCCAAGAAUCUCGAUCGAGCACCUCAAGCAGUCCAGAUUCAGGCCUUGGAGCUCCUUCGUACCCGUCGUAUCUUCACACGAACAUCUGUACAGACUGCUCCGAAGCAGUUCGUCUUCAUCCCCGUAUUAGAAGCUUUGAGCGGAGGCAAGGCUCAUGUGACGGCGCACUUGAACGACUUCUUAUAUAUAGCAUACUGGCACAAUCCUGAAGAUGGGUUUGUUAAUUUGGAGGAGGCCGACGCAGGUAACGAUGCCGAUACUGCAUCAACGGGUAGUGUUGUGAAAAGGGGUCCCGGCGAUGACAAUACAUCGACUCGACCCCUGAUCUUUGAAAGCGAUAUUAGUUACCUUGGCACACUCAGCAAGGAGGCUCAGGUGGAUGUCGAGGUUACUCGCUAUCAGAUGAACAUCAUCUCGUUCCUUCGCAUGCACCGAGCUGCCGCUGGAGGCAUCAGCCCAACCGCUACAAAACACUUUGGUCAGCUCAUGCGAUGCCUCGCUGCUUUGCACCGCCUAGAUUUCGUAACGCCAGCCCUUGUUGGCCUCGCUACCCGCAAGGUUUACUUGCAUCGAAUACAGCUGACUCCCCCUGAAAAGGAGAGGAGUAUGCAAUGGGGUAGCAAGCUAGAGGCAGUAGAAGCACUCUUGGAAGAUAUUGGUUCUGAGGAUGUCAUUGAAGAUGUCUUGGGCAUGGUGACCGCGCCAGUCUGA